AUGAUUGAAGUACCGGCAGUGCUCGCCGAUUUGCAGCGUGGCCGUUCUGCAGGAGUGCUUUCACAGAAACAUGAGGAACUCUGGCACCCAAUUGCCUUCUUCUCAAAGACAAUGGCACUAGCAGAAUGCAACUAUCCCAUCCAUGAUAAGGAGAUGCUCGCUAUCAUCCGAGCAUUCCAGGAAUGGCGAGUAGAACCGACAGGAGUCCAAUCCCGAUUUGAUGUACUUUAUGACCAAACGGCAGUUGAGCUCUCGUCAAGCAGCAUGGACUGA